CAGUGCUAUAGCUCAGUGGUUGAUGGUGAGAAGCGAGCUGCUUUCAAUUCCGCAUUGAGCUGCGCUUGAAGAAGUUUUUUCUUUCUCGCAUGACCAAUCCUCCCCGUUGAUCGCCAUUGUUUAAGUGAUUCUUGUAAAGGUACUGCAAGUGCGCAAAAGACACGAGCUUUCCUGGAUCAACCCUGCGCCAGACACCUAAAAAAAUUCAUGUCUGUGUACCCACCUCAUUUGUACUGCCCCUUGUUUGUGCCCACUGGAGAGAUGACCGAAGUGAUCAUUAGCAGCACCCCGAUGGAGGACAUGAGGCUCAGCCCCACCAAAGAACGGCUGACUUUCCAGAUCUUCCCGGACCCCUCAGACUUUGAGCGCUGCUGUAAGCUGAAGGACCGGCUGCCCUCCAUCGUGGUGGAGGCGACAGAGGGGGAUGUGGAAAGCGGUGAGCUGCGCUGGCCUCCAGAGGAGUUCCUCAUCCCGCAGGAGCAGGACGACGCCGCCGAGCUCGCCGCCGGAACCAUCCAGAAUGGACAGACAGAGCAGAACUCUCAGCACUAAAGAGACACGUACACACACGUAAACACACAAGCGUACAUAUUCAUAUACAUAUACAUACAAAUACACGUUGCACACUUGCUUACAUACGUAAUGACCUGUGGACAACGCCACCCAUGUACACGUAUUCACAUCAGAAGAGCGCAAAUGCAAACACACUUGUGUGUAACAAAGACCUCCUGUGAUUCCUCUGGACUCUGGAUCACUUCUGCAAAACUCUCCCUUGCCUUCACCAACUUAUAUGCACACCAGCAUCACACAAACUGAUAACGGUAAUUUCCCCUUCUAGUGUGUUUGUCAUCAGAGGUGUGUGUCAAAAAAGGAACAAAAGACUUUUGUUGAUCUCUAGUCCCUGUCCUCCAGCCAGUUAGUGGAAAGACCUCAUUAAUCAUUGGAUCCAAUGAAGAACAUCAGUAACUGUGAUAAGUUAAAGAUUACACUGAGCAGAGUCUGCCACUUAAGGAUUCCAGAGCUAGUAUUUUUUUCCCACAGUGUGUGUACAUACCUGUCACUAUUUUGUUGAAAUGCCAUCUGAAUCUUACAGUUGUACAUAAGAGGGACACAAAUGAAGCAGUAACAAAGCUAUGAGGAGAAAUAAGGAUGUUUAGUGCAAGGAGUUAAGUGUUAAGUGACUUCAGAUCUGCAGACAUACAUGGAGAUGACUAGAUGGGGAGAGAGUGGGGCAAAGAGGUUUUCGGUUUAAGUAAUAAUCAAGAUUUUCUCUGCACUGAUCCUGAGGGUAAGACACUGUAACUGUUAGAUGGCCAUGGGCACUGUCAGAGGGGAGGGGAGGGGGUGUAUAUACGUUGGUGGAAAGGAGCACUGAACCCGCUCCAUCAUUUGUCCUGUGUUUGCCAUGACUUUGGUUUUCGAUCUCUCCCUACACCAUGAAGCACUUCUCUUGUUCCCAUGACCAUGUUAUUUUUUUUCCAUUCAUGGUUUUGGCUUUUAGAUGAAAUACUCAUCCAUUCUUUUGAAUAGGUGUGGGGUGGGUUGGAAAAAGCUGAAUGGUCCUUAUAUUACUUUUUGCAAAGUCGAGCACUGCACACAGUUGUUAAUUUUUUUUUUUUUUUUUUUAUGUCUAUGGUGGGGAGCUGUAGCCCUAGCUUCUACGGGCAUGUGGCGCAUGUCGCCAUGGGAACUCACCUGUGGGAUUUGUUUUUGUAAAGUUCUUUUGUGUUCUCCUGUAUCUCCCCCCCCCAUCCCCCCCCCCCCUUUUUUCCAACGACCAUAGGGCUUUGUACAGAAUCCUUUAUCCCAAUAUAGCGAACUUAUACAAGCAUUCUCUCAUACACACUGACACACAUACUGUAGGUAGAUCACUUCUUACUUUUGUAAGCUCAGGGAGAAUAGCCACCAUGUUGUUUUUUUAAUUUUAUUUUGUAUGUAGACCACGUUCCCCUGCGGUUAGCAGGGACUGUAAAUAAACAUUUAAAAGUGCUUUCCAA